GGUCCCGCACCUGCUGGAAGAGCCGCUCCUCCAGGCCGAGCCGCGCCACCAGGGCAGCUGCAAGGGAAACGUCAGCGCCGGCGACACCAGAGUCCAGCCCCGGGCAGCCGAGGGCCCACCCGGGGGAGCUGCUGCCACCAUGAUGUGUGAGGCAGAGCUGAUCGCACCAGAGCCCUCCAGGCCCGUGCGGUACUAUGGGGAAUCGUCUGACACCUACUGCCAUGAGGACCGCUGGCAGAGGCUGCGCACGGCUGUCAGGAAGCUGGAGUUCUGGGAAAACUUCAAUGCUGAACUGAUAGGCAGCGGUUUCUUCUCCAAGGUCUACAAGGUGACCCAGACUGCUGCUUGUAAAGCGAUGGUGGUGAAGAUCUACAAGAAUGACGUGGACCAAGAGGUGAUUGUGCGCGAGAUCACCCUGCUGCAGAAGCUGUCCCACCCCAACAUUGUCAGGUACCUCGGCAUUUGUGUAAAGGAUGACAAGCUGUACCCCAUCCUGGAGUACGUGAAUGGGGGUUGCCUGGAGGAACUCCUGGCCAGCAAAGACAUUGGUUUGACUUGGAAGGAAAAAGUGGACUUAGCUUCUGACAUCACCAGAGGCAUGAUCUACCUGCACUCCAAGAACAUCUACCACCGAGACCUCAACUCCAAGAACUGCCUCAUUCGAGUGACACCGCGGGGCCGGGAGGCACUGGUGACUGACUUCGGGCUGGCCAGGGAGGUGGUGGAGCUUCCCGUGAAGGAUGUGGAGCGGAAGUUGUCUCUGGUAGGCUCUGCUUUCUGGAUGGCUCCUGAAAUGCUGCGGGGAGAGCCCUAUGACCGGAAGGUGGACGUGUUUUCCUUUGGCAUUGUCCUCUGUGAAAUCCUGGGCAGGAUUCCAGCUGACCCCGAAGUGCUUCCCAGGACUCAGGAUUAUGGCUUGGAUGUUUCUGCCUUCCAAGGGAUGGUCAGCGAGUGCCCCAAGCGGGUGCUGGACCUUGCUGCGAGCUGCUGUUGGGUGGAAGCAUUUAAGAGGCCAUCCUUCUCCGAAAUCCUGGAUGAGUUGGAGGAUGUUGCAGAGAGCCUGGAGCCUAGGAGGGACAAUCAGCUUCUGGGCUGAGCUGCCUGCCUCCUGUGAGGCUUUGCAGAGAAUCACCUAAACUGUAACUGUCUAUGGGGCAUCAGGAGUGAAUAAGGAAUGUGGGGGAAGGAGAAAGGGAAGAGCUAAGUGAUGCACUGUUGUUCAUUUAAUCAUACUCUUGGUCUCUAAUUUCUUGGAUGGUUGGAUGGAUGGAUGGAU